AUGAAUUUUGACACACAAACAACUACCACCGUCAUACCGGAACGCCGAUUAAGAUCGAAAACUAAAUCCAGCAUUACGUUUCAAACUUCAAGUUCUGUACCAAAGUCAAAUCGUCGUAAUCAUUAUGAUCGUUCAAAAUCGACAACAGAAAGUCCUAUAUUGGGUCGAAGAACGUUAAAAUCAACUUCAAAAAGAAGUUAUUCUAGUCAAACUUCAUCGAAAUCUUUGAAGAUGAACAAACUGAUGGUAUUAUCUCGAGAUCAUAAUAAUGAUCAACGAGAUGAAUCGAGUAACGAAAUGGAUUAUGAUCUUACACAACAAAUAGCAAUAUCAAAUUUAGCUACCGAUGAAGUUAUAACAGACAGAGUUAUCGAUGAUGGUACAUUAACAGAAGAUGAAGAUGAAAAUCAUCAUUUAAAUUUUAGUAGUGAAACGAUAAAUGAAUUACAUCAAACAAAACGAACAACAACAGUAACAAGAAAAGACGUCCUGAAAUAUUUUACAAGACAAUCAGAUGGAGGUUUCAAAUGCAAUUUGUGUACUGAUUCUAAUAAAGUAUUUUCCAAAACAAAUGAAAAUUCAGAUACUAAUUUACGAAGUCAUUUAGGAAAAACACAUAGAAUGAUUGAUUUUUUAUAUCCUUCUCAAAAAAAUCAACAGCCACCAAAACCAUUGAAAAACCUAUCUACUGAAGAAAAAGAAAAACUUAAUGCUGCUGCAAUUGAAGCUAUUGUAAAAGAUGCACUUCCAUUUGAUCAUUUCAGAAAACCUGGCAUGCUUAAGUUUUUAUCUACUAUUAAACCCGGCUAUCGAGGACCACAUCGAAAGACCGUUCGACAACACCUUGCACGUUUAUAUCAAAAGCAACGACAAUUGAUAAAACAAGAAUUAACUUCUAUAUCACAUAUUAGUCUUACAGCUGAUAUCUGGAAAAGUCCUGCCCGUCAACACUUUAUUUGUUUAACUUGUCAUUUUUUAUCUUCAUCAUUGGAAAAUCGUUCAAUUAUUUUAUCAUUUCGACGAUUUCCUGAUAAACAUUCCGGUCAAAGAUUACGAUCAUUUAUUAAUAAUGAAUUAAAAAAAAUGAAUUUAGAAAAUAAAACUCGAUCAAUUACAACAGAUGGAGGAAGUGACAUCAAAUGUGCAACAGGAAGUGCUGAAUUUGGUAUGCGUAUAGCAUGUUCAGCACACAAUCUUAAUUUGGUGGUUAAAAAAGCCUUAUGGCUGUUUGAUAAAACAGCAUCAAAAUCAAAGUCUUCGUCAACUACAACUGCUUCAAAACAAAAUAAUAAUAAUAAUAUUGAUGAUGACUAUGGUGAUUAUAAUGAUUAUGAUGAUUAUGAUGAUUAUGAUGAUUAUGAUGAUCUUAAUGAUUAUGAUGAUUAUAAUGAUGAAACAUCAACAAUUGAUGAUAUUGAAAAUUCAUAUGAAGAAGAUGUUAAUAAAAAUGAAUCUAAUAGUGAUGAUUCAGAUGAAGAUAAUUUUCCAAAUGAUUCCACGAUUAUAUACACAUCAUCAGAUGAAGAUUUUUCUAAUGAUAGUAGUGAAGAUGAUUGUCAAAAUAAAACAGAGAAUGAAGAACGAAUUUCAUUACAGGUUGAUGGAAACAAUCAACGUCAAAAUAACGAACAAAUUAUCACCGAAACAGCAUCUAAUAUUGAUAUAUUACCAGCAAUGAUUUAUAAUUUAUUAAAACGUGUUAGAACAUUGAUAACAUUUAUUCGAAAAUCAAGUGUUCUCGAUCGAUAUGUUCGUCGACAAAUUCAAUUGAAAAAUAUUCAAAUAAAACGUCGUGCUGAAGAACAACGUAUAAAAUGGAACACAACAUAUAUUAUGAUAUCACGUUUUGUUGCAAUUAGCUCCAUCAUUACUGAUAUUACAUUAUCACCAAAUAGUGAAACUGGUUUAAAAAAACAACAAUAUCAUAAGUUUCAAAAGUUAUCGUUUUCUCGCCUUGAUUGGUUAUACUUAUCAGCAUUGAAAUCUGUUCUAUUUCCAUUUUAUCGAGCAACAAUAUUACUAUCAGGUUCAAAAUAUCCAACUCUUCCAUUGGCUUAUCAUGUUUUGAAAGGAUUGAAAAAUUUUUUAACAAAAUUAAAAGAUGAUCAACCAUUGGAAAAUUCAUUAAAAAAACUUUUAUUAAUUCAAUUCAAUUAUUAUUUUGAACAAGAAAUACCAAUGAAACAAAAACGUGCAACAUUGGUAUGUGUAACUAUUUAA